AAAAAAAAAAAAAAAAAAAAAAAUACAUAAAGAGUAAAAAUGGCGGAUGACAAUGAAGACCAGUGGCUAUACGGCGAUUCAAAUGAUGGAAAAGACAGUUUUACAAAAGACGAGCCUUCUGAAAAUGACAAAGAUCCAACGCCAACAAUAAGCCAAGAUGAGUUACAAAACAUUGAAGAGAAUAACGCGGAAAUUAACGCUGAUGAAUCUACUGGGGUAGCGGAUACGUCAGAAUUAGAAGAACCAUCGGCAGUAGAACCAGAGGAUGAAGCUUCUGAACAAACAAAUGAAAAUGGUACUAAAGAACCAAGUCAAGAAGAUGCUGAUGCUUCAAGUGAUUCUGAUUCAGACGAUGACGUUCAUGUUGUCAUUGGUGACAUCAAAUCAACACCAGCUUACAAUAAUUUAAAUAUUAAACGCUCCGGGCUUUUGACAAAUGCGUCUGGAAUAUCAGAUAAAUUAAAUAAACAGCCUGGUAAAUUUAGUAUUGAUGAAUUUGAAACAAUUGGAGUCAUAAAUGGUAUCCAAGCACACGAGUUUAAUCUCGAUCAGUUGGAAGAUAAGCCAUGGAGGCAACCAGGUGCCGAUAUUACGGAUUACUUUAAUUACGGUUUUAAUGAAGAAACUUGGCGGGCUUAUUGCGAACGUCAAAAAAGAAUGAGAAGUGAAUCGGGUGUUGGACUUGUUCUAAAUGCUGGAUCCGGUGGACCCAAUUUAAUAAACACACGUGUGUCACAAGUUGCUAUUACUAAUGACAACAGCAAAUACUCUGGUAUUUCGGGACCUAAAAGAGCUGGACCACCACCUGGAAGAAAGAUGGCUGGGACAAUUGACGUCAUUGGCAGUUCUGGUUUAGCAUCACGUAGGAAUCUUGAUAAAUCACCGCCUAAAGAAAAUGUUAUACAAGUUAUGACAGCUGACAGACGAGAGUACUCAAGAAAACCCGGGUUUCCUGACAUGAGCGUACCGCCACCAGCUCCUGGAAUGGCACCACCACCAUUUGAUUUACCUCCUCCUCCUGCUCCUUACCAAGAACCUCCACCUUUUUAUGUAUCAGAACCUGAUCCUUAUUAUCAAAGCUACGAGCCUACACAAGACAGUCAAUGGGGAAACGAUCCGACUUGGCAGCCAACAAAUUUAGCCGUUCCAUUAUCAACACCUGAAGACAAUAAAGAUCUAGGUCCUAAAUCAAUUCCAACAAUGGUACCGCCGCUGACAAUUCCUCCGUUGAUUGCUUCUGCUCCACCUCAGCGUGAGCCACCACCUAGAGGUGACAUUCCUCGUAAUGAAAGAGAAAUUGAUUCAAUGGGUAGAGAAAGAGAAAGAGAACGUGAACGUGAUCGUUCAGAACGUGACAAAGAUUCAUCUGUCAGAGAACGUGAACGUGACUCUGUAACGCGAGAUGAUGACAAAGAUCGUGAUCGUUCAAGGUCACAAUACCGUCAUAAAGAAAGACACAGGCAUCGAUCACGAUCACGUUCAAGGCGACAUAAAUCAAGAUCUCGUAGUCCCAGUCGCCGUAAGAAAAAAUCACGACGGACUGAUCGUGAAAGAUCUAAAGAAGAAAGUGAAUAAAAUAAAUCAAUUUCUAUUACCGAUACUUACAUAAUAUUUUAUUUCAAUUUUUUAUUAAUUGCGCAUUAUUAAAAAAAUAGCGUUUACUUUGUACAAAACAAAACAAAUAUUAAUUAAAAAAAUAAUAAAUAAUGAUGUGACGCUAAUUGAAAA